UGAGUACGUUGUCGUUGGUAACGACACUCGUCCCAUUGCUCGAACCUCCCCAGUCAAUGAGCUCAGCAGUUCUGAUCAACUCUCGUCCCCCAUAGAUGGCGGUGGAUAGAGAAACCGGAAAAAGUCUGUUUUUUGUUGUCAACGGAGAGAGGAUUGAGCUCUCCAGUGUUGACCCUUCGACUACUUUGCUCGAGUUCUUGCGUUCCCAGACUCGCUUCAAGAGUGUAAAGCUCGGUUGUGGUGAAGGUGGUUGUGGUGCUUGUGUUGUUCUAUUGUCAAAGUAUGACCCUGUGCUUGAUCAGGUUGAGGAUUUUACAGCAAGUUCAUGUCUCACUCUACUUUGUAGUGUACAUGGAUGUGCAAUUACAACAACUGAAGGCCUUGGAAAUAGCAAAGAUGGUUUGCAUGCAAUUCAUCAGAGGCUUGCUGGUUUCCAUGCUUCUCAAUGUGGGUUUUGUACUCCUGGAAUGUGUGUUUCACUCUCUGCAGCGCUGGUCAAUGCUGAAAAAACCAAUCGACCUGAUCCCUCUCCUGGGUUCUCCAAACUGACGGUUUCUGAAGCCGAAAAGGCUAUUGCAGGAAACCUCUGCCGCUGUACUGGGUAUAGAUCAAUAGCUGAUGCCUGCAAGAGCUUUGCAGCCGAUGUUGAUAUGGAGGAUUUGGGGUUGAACUCUUUUUGGAGAAAUGGAGAGAGUAAGGAAGUAAAGAUUAAGAGGUUACCUUUCUAUGACCGUAACAGAGAGAUCUGUGCAUUUCCAGAGUUUUUGAAGAAGGAAAUCAGGUCUUCCAUGGUUUUGGAUUCUAAAAGAUUUUUUUGGCACAAUCCUGUAAGUCUCAUAGAACUUCAAAGCUUAUUGGACUCCCUUGAGACCAAGGAUGGAAGCUUGGUUAAAUUAGUAGCUGGCAACACGGGAAUGGGUUAUUACAAGGAAAUUGAAUGCAAUGACAGAUACAUUGAUCUAAGGUAUAUUCCUGAGAUCUCAUCAAUUAAAACAGAUUUGACUGGGAUUGAGAUUGGAGCAACUGUGACAAUCUCUAAAACUAUUGAAGCUUUGAAGAAAGAAAACAAAGCUGAAUUUCACUCAAAUGGUGAGAUGAUGUUCAAAAAAAUUGCUGGCCAUAUGGAGAAAAUUGCUUCAGGGUUCAUCCGGAAUACAGCUAGUAUAGGGGGAAAUUUGGUGAUGGCACAGAGGAAACAUUUUCCUUCUGAUAUUGCUACAAUACUUCUUGCUGUGGAUUCAUUGGUGGAUAUAAUGAGUGGUACUAGACAUGAAAAGAUUAUGUUGGAGGAGUUUCUGGAAAGGUCUCCAAUGGAUUCCAAAACUGUGCUUCUAAAUGUUAGAAUCCCAACUUGGGAAUCGAUCAGAAAUAUUUCUUCUGAUACAAACUCUAUAUUGCUGUUUGAAACCUAUAGAGCUGCACCGCGGCCUCUUGGAAAUGCGCUUCCCUAUUUAAAUGCUGCUUUUAUGGCUGAAGUUUCUUCCUGUAGAACUUCUGGUGGGAUCAUUGUAUAUAACUGUCAGCUGGCUUUUGGUGCUUAUGGGACCAAGCAUGCAAUCCGAGCAAGAAAGGUGGAGGAAUUUUUAGCUGGAAAAACUUUAAGUGUAGCUGUUCUAUAUGAGGCUAUCAAAUUAGUUAGGGCCACCGUAAUACCAAAUGAUGGCACUUCUUCUCCUGUUUAUAGGUCAAGCUUGGCCGUUGGUUUUCUUUUUCAUUUUUUUAGCCCCUUAGUCGACAAUAAUGGUGAAACUUCUAAUGGUUUAUUGGAUGGGCAUAUGAAUGAUUUGUUGGUUGACGUUUCCAAAUUAGACCAGAAUACUCUCCAGCUUGAUCAUGAUAAAAUCCCGACUUUUCUAUCAUCUGCUAAGCAGGUGCUUGAAUUAAGUACAGAGUAUUAUCCAGUUGGUGAGCCAAUUACAAAAGCUGGAGCUGCCAUCCAAGCUUCUGGCGAGGCUGUCUAUGUGGGUGACAUUCCUUCACCCGCAAAUUGCCUUCAUGGGGCAUUCAUUUAUAGCACAAAGCCUUUGGCACGGGUAAGGGGUAUAAAAUUCCAGCCUAAACCGUAUCCGGAUGGAGUGGUCGCAGUUAUUACUUCUGAAGACAUCCCCAAAGGGGGAGAGAAUACUGGAUCAAAGACCAUAUUUGGUACUGAACCUUUAUUUGCUGAGGAGCUUACUGAGUGUGCUGGUCAGCGUCUUGCCUUGGUGGUUGCUGAUACACAGAAGCGUGCAGAUAUGGCCAUAAAAUUUUCAGUGGUUGAUUAUGACCUAGAAAAUCUAGAACGACCAAUUCUUUCCGUAGAAGAGGCUGUUAGGAGAUCCAGUCUUUUCGAGGUUCCUCCUUCUCUUUUCCCAAAACAGGUUGGUGAUCUAUCAAAAGGAAUGGCUGAAGCCGAUCAGAAGAUUCUUUCUGCCGAGAUUAAACUUGGAUCACAAUACUAUUUCUAUAUGGAGACACAAACUGCCCUUGCUGUGCCAGAUGAAGACAACUGCAUGGUGGUAUACAGUUCAAGUCAGGUCCCAGAGUGGACACAAGUGGUGAUUGCAAGGUGUCUUGGCAUUCCUGAACAUAAUGUUCGUGUAAUUACUAGAAGGGUUGGAGGAGGCUUUGGUGGAAAGGCCAUAAAAGCCAUGCCUGUUGCUGCUGCAUGUGCACUUGCAGCCCACAAAUUGCGCCGCCCUGUCAGGAUGUAUCUUGAUCGCAAGACUGAUAUGAUUAUGGCAGGAGGAAGGCAUCCAAUGAAAAUAACUUACAGUGUGGGAUUCAAGUCUAACGGGAAGAUUACAGCAUUACAACUUGAGAUAUUAAUUAAUGCUGGGUGCUUUGUGGAUAUUAGUCCAAUAAUACCCCAUAAUGUGCUGAGUGCACUUAAAAAAUAUGACUGGGGUGCUUUAUUUUUUGAUAUAAAGGUAUGCAAGACAAAUCAUUCAAGUAAAUCCGCAAUGCGGGCACCUGGGGAAGCACAGGGGUCAUUUAUUGCUGAAGCAGUAAUUGAGCAUGUAGCAGCUGCCCUUUCGAUGGAAGUGGAUUCUGUCAGACGCAUAAAUCUCCACACAUACAGUAGCCUCAACUUUUUCUAUGAGGGUAUUGCAGAUCAACCUCUUGAUUAUACUUUACCUUCAAUAUGGAACAAGUUGGUUACGUCUUCAAGCUUGCUCCAUAGGACCAAAAUGGUGGUAGAGUUUAAUAGAAACAAUAAAUGGAGGAAGAGGGGCAUUUCUCAAAUACCAAUUGUGCAUGAAGUGACAUUAAGACCGACUCCGGGAAAAGUCAGUAUUUUACAUGAUGGUUCUAUUGUUGUUGAGGUCGGUGGGAUUGAGCUUGGCCAGGGGCUUUGGACAAAGGUAAAACAGAUGACUGCAUUUGCUCUCAGCUCAAUACAAUAUGAUAGAGUUGGGGAUUUGUUGGACAAAGUACGGGUCAUACAAUCUGAUACCUUGAGUUUAAUUCAAGGGGGUUUUACUAGUGGGAGCACAACAUCUGAGUCAAGCUGCGAAGCAGUGAGGCUUUGCUGCAAUAUUUUGGUUGAGAGACUUGGGCCUCUCAGGGAAAGAUUGAAGGAGCAAAUGGGUUCUGUUGCAUGGGAGAUGCUCAUUGAUCAGGACUUUCUUCAAAGCAAAGGGAUUUUCUCUCAGCUUUCUUGUCCUUUGACACCACAGCAAAACGGUGUUGUUGAGAGGAAAAAUCAGCACCUUCUUGAUGUGGCACACUUACAAUCUGUAAAUUUAUCAGCAAGUUCAUUAUUUGUCCCUGACCUUAAUUCGAUGAAAUACCUGAACUAUGGUGCUGCAGUAAGUGAGGUGGAGGUAAAUCUUUUGACAGGAGGAACUACGGUUUUGCAAACAGAUAUUAUCUAUGAUUGUGGACAGAGUCUUAACCCUGCUGUGGAUUUAGGACAGAUUGAAGGAGCUUUUGUCCAAGGGCUUGGGUUUUUCAUGCUUGAGGAAUACUUGACAGAUUCAAAUGGAUUAGUGGUUGCAGAAGGCACAUGGACAUAUAAGAUUCCUACACUUGACACAAUACCCAAAAAUUUCAACGUUGAAGUACUGAACACUGGACGUCACCAAAAACGUGUUCUCUCUUCAAAAGCUUCAGGUGAGCCCCCAUUACUUCUAGCAGCAUCUGUUCACUGUGCUACGAGAGCAGCUAUUAAAGAAGCCAGAAAACAGCUUGUGUCUUGGAGCGGCCAAGAUGGGUCUACAACAAAUGCAACAAUAUUUGAGCUGGAGGUUCCCGCUACCAUGCCUGUUGUAAAGGGCCUCUGUGGGCUAGAAAGCGUGGAGAGGUACUUGGAAUGGAUAAUUGGCACAAAGUAGUAGUGAAGAAGGAUGUAGUUGUGGAGCUGUUUGCCUCUGCGUUGUAAGAUUGUUAGCAUGCAUAUCAUGUAAUAAAAUUAAGCGAUAACACUCAUGCUGAAAGUAUGAGCUCCAUUUUAUUGUAUGAUAGGGGUGCGAAAUGUUUAUGUUUGUUUUGAUUGGGAGUGUAAGAAGAGAAUAGUCCUCGGAGCAAUGUAAAUUCAAAAAAAAAAAAAAAAAAAGGAAAAUUCCACACACCAUAUUACCAUCCUACUUUCAUCCCACUAAGUAUGAUGUGGCUCAUUUAUCACUAUUAGAUGAUAAAUAAAAUGAAAAUAGGAUAAGAGUGUGGCAUUACUCAUAAAGAAAAAAAAAUUCGAGUACUUAUUUUGUGUAUUGUUAUGCUUAUUGGAAGGAAAGCUUGUAAUAAAUCCUUGACUUUGUAGAAUAAUCUUGGGUAGAAAUGCAUUUAUAUCUUAUUGGAAUCAAUGCCCUAAGACUCCAAUUUGAGUUAUAUUUUGUAAUAAUAUUUUAUUUAAUAAAUAUUUAUUAUUAUAUUAAAAU